UGAAGGCUAACAGACAGUGAGUUUGUGUUUUGUCGACAGUGGAGCGCAGAGCAGCAGUUUGAUUAUAUUUCAGCUCACCACACCUAAAUAUCAGUUCUUCGUAGCGUCGCUGGCUCAGGAAGACACGAGGAAUCGACUCAUUACACAAGAGACAAACAUUAAUGAGACAUUUUCACCGUCGUCUGCUAACAGUUAGCAGACAAACACGACCUGAGGACUGCGUUGAUAAUAUUUACAGGCAGCGUUGACCUCCUCAGGGGAGGCAGCCGAGAGACCUCCUCCACUAAAGAGUCAUGUGGUCAUCAGAGCAGCGUGGGCAGGUCUGACUCAUACCACCAUGGAGUCCUCUUCUGAGUCCCAACAGGAGCCCGAGAAAACUCUGCACCAUGCCGAGUUGAGAGAGCAUCACGCCACCUCCGCUGCCAUAGCACACAGCGAUGACAUCAUCCUUCUGACCCCCGGCAGGAUGAGCCAGCGGCAGGUGAAGGAGAGGGACAAGGAGAAGGAGGCGGGCCUCCAAACACCCAGCAGGGAGCACAUGGGCACUCCCUCCACCCUCAGCCCCGGGGUCAGCUACAGCCAUGGUUUUGAGAGAGGGAAGGAGGACCUCCUGCCUCUGCCUUUGAAAGAAGACUCCAACUCCAUAUCUAAGAGCAAGUCUGAAACCAAGCUGUACAAUGGAUCAGACAAGGAUGUGUCAGCAUCUGGAGGAAAGCUCACCAAGAAGGAGUCCCUCAAGGUGCAGAAGAAGAACUACAGAGAGGAGAAGAAGAGGGCCACCAAGGAGCUGCUCAGCACCAUCACAGAUCCUUCUGUCAUCGUCAUGGCCGACUGGCUGAAGAUCCGUGGCACUCUUAAAAGCUGGACCAAGUUGUGGUGUGUCCUGAAACCUGGUGUCCUGCUCAUCUAUAAGACUCACAAGAACGGGCAGUGGGUGGGAACGGUGCUGCUAAACGCCUGCGAGCUGAUCGAGAGGCCUUCCAAGAAGGAUGGCUUCUGUUUCAAACUCUUUCACCCGCUGGAGCAGUCCAUCUGGGCCGUCAAGGCGAGGCCGGGCUUCAACGGCUCGCCAGCUCGUAUGAUCCUCCGAGGUCGAUGCUGGAUGGACGCCUUAGAGCUGGCCCUGAAGUGCUCCAGCCUGCUGAAGAGGACCAUGAUCCGCGAGGGGAAGGAGGACAUGAGCACCGUGUCCACUAGUGGAGAACACUCCAUUAAUUUCUACAGCCUCCUCAGAGCCCACAACAUUCACGGCUUUCAGUUUAAUGACAGUGACCAUUUGAAAGAUGUGGACCUAUACUCGGAUAAAUCAGACAGAGAAGGAGAACAGGACCACGAAGAGUCGGACCCUGAGAACCUGGAAGAGAGCGACAGUGACACGUCAGAGCGCCAAGAUGACUCCUACAUUGAUCUGGAUAAUAUUGAACAUCUGUGUGAGACUCCGUACAUGGAGCAGUCCCACGAAGAGUUAGGAGAGGCCGGUGAGGCAGCUCAGACAGAAACCGUAUCGGAGGAGAAUAAAUCUCUCAUCUGGACGCUCCUGAAGCAAGUUCGACCGGGCAUGGAUCUGUCCAAGGUUGUACUGCCCACAUUCAUCCUGGAGCCAAGAUCCUUCCUGGACAAGUUGUCUGACUACUACUAUCACGCAGACUUCCUGUCAGAAGCUGCAGUUGAGGAGAAUGCCUACAACCGGAUGAAGAAGGUGGUGAAAUGGUACAUUUCUGGAUUUUACAAAAAGCCUAAGGGUCUGAAGAAGCCUUACAACCCCAUCAUUGGAGAGACGUACCGCUGCAUGUGGCUCCAUCAGAAGACCAACAGCAAAACCUUUUACAUCGCAGAACAGGUGUCCCACCAUCCACCCGUGUCAGCCUUUUACGUCAGCAACAGGAAGGACGGGUUCUGCCUCAGUGGCAGCAUCCUCGCCAAGUCCAAGUUCUACGGAAACUCCCUGUCAGCCAUAUUAGAUGGAGAGGCCCGCCUGACUUUUCUCAAUCGAGGGGAGGACUACGUGAUGAACAUGCCCUACGCUCACUGCAAAGGCAUACUUUAUGGGACCAUGACGCUGGAGCUCGGUGGUCAGAUCACUGUUGCGUGUGAGAAAACGGGCUACAGCGCCCAGCUGGAGUUCAAACUAAAGCCAUUCCUGGGCAGCAGCGACUGCGUCAAUCAGAUCUCUGGGAAGAUCAAGCUGGGAAAAGAGGUGCUGGCAACGCUGGAGGGACACUGGGAUAGUGAGAUCUUCAUCAACGAUAAGAAGACUGAGACGGUGGAUACUUUCUGGAACCCAACACCUGAGCUGAGACAGAACAGGCUGAUCCGCUUCACUGUCCCACCAGAGGAGCAGGGGGAGUUUGAGUCAGAAAGACUGUGGCAGCACGUGACCCGAGCCAUCAACAACAAGGACCAGACUGAGGCCACCAACGAGAAGUUCAUCCUGGAGGAGGCUCAGAGGAAGGCGGCCCGCGAGCGCAAAGCUAAAUGUGAGGAGUGGGUCCCCGCCUUGUUCGAGCAGGACCCCAUCACUGGAGAGUGGCAUUACAAAUACGCUGACACCAGGCCUUGGGAUCCGCUCAACGACCUGAUCCAGUUUGAGAAAGAUGGCUGUGUCCAGACCAAGGUCCGACACCGCACCCCUAUGGUACGUUCUGGCAGUCUUAUUAGUCUGAGUAACCAGGGGCAGCGGAGGGACAAUUGCAAGUGCCAGGUAACGGUGCCAAAGAGGAAACACAAGAGCGAUAAGCCUCAGAGCCCAGAGAGCGGCUGCUCUUCGCCUGAACUCGACCGCCAAGACUCGUCUGGCAGCGAGCGACACAAAAGCAAGCACAGCAGCCGGCUGAGGAAGAAAGGCACCGACCUCAGCGAGCUUCAAAGUGCCAUUGAAUCUAUAAAGCAGACCCAGGAGGACAUCAACAGGAGCAUCGUCGUGCUGCGGAGUCGCGCCGUCGGCCGAGCAGAAAGCAGCUCCUUCCUCCAGCAGCGCGACUUCGUCAUCAUCGUUUUCCUCGUGGCCCUGCAGGUUCUCAUCAACUACAUUUUCAAGUAGCAGCCACUCGCGUACAAGCUUUGUCUUUGACGCGUGUGUCCUGAAAACGUAGAAGCUUCCACAUUUACAGACUUUGACAUUUAUUUGUGAGGAGCUCGCAGCAGAUCUCUGAGAAGAUCCACAGAUUUCAAAGAAGUUCCUGAGAUAAACAUUCAUCAGCCACUCGGGAGCUCGUCGCUCCGCUUCGACGCUCGAGGCAAAGACAGCAGCUGUAUUUUAGCUGUCUUUGUUUUUUUUUUAUUCUAGUUAACAUUUCAGCUCAAACAGCACAAACCUUCUAACACGCAGAGGAGGACCACAACUUGGCUUCCCAUUAAGAACCCAUUUAAUUUUAAAGCUUUUUUUAAGAUGUCUUGUUUUCACUCUGGAUGUUUUCUGGGAACAAGAAGCAAACAAGAUAAGGGAAAAAGGUCCAGUUUAUUUAUUUUUGUACGAUCAGAACAGUUGAUCUCACCUUUGGACUCUGCGUGUGUGGAAACAAAGGAGAAGGACCAAAAAGGCAGGUGGCAGAAGGAAUGGAAGCGCUACCUUUGUGCAUACGGUCACUGUGCACACUGAGCAGCAUGUAGAAAACAGCGUUAGCGCUGUAGCUUUCUGUGCAGCGUUUAGCUUAAAGGCACAAAUGCGCUGAAAAGCCGAGAUGUUUGUGUUGCUCCGUUCUAUGAAAUCAACAGAUCAGGUGAUGAUCCGUCACCUAAGCACUCCGCUGAAGCUCGCCAAUGAACACCUUCUAUUGUUUUAUUUUUUAUUUAAUUUGCACAAAACUGUAAAAAAAACCACCUUUUACUUUGAGUAUGAAUUGUUUUCAUCACAGCAGUUUAACGUCAUCACUAGGAGAUUCACGUUAAGAAGUCGAGCGAAAACUUCAGCUUCAACAAAUAUUAACAUAUUCAGAAGUGACCACUGAGAAAACUCAGCUCUUCUUCACUGCCUGACCGGAGCAACGUUCAACGCUGAGCCUCGGUCACCUCCUCCAGCGCAUUUGAGCCUCGGGCCCUGACUGCUCUGCUCCGGGUGGUUUUAAAAACAGACUUUUUCUGCUCAGUUUGCACCUUCAGUCAACACAGAAGGUUUUAAAUCACAUUCAUUCCAUAGUUGAUAUUUGUAAAAACUUCAGUUUGUGGUGGAUCGGUGUGGACCUGACAUACAGAUCGUUUUAAAAAACAAUAAGAUAUCAGCCCACUAACACUUAAUGUUUUAUAAAUACAAAAUGUCACUUUAUUCUGGUCCUGUUGCUGUAAACCUUUGUGUUUUGAAACGGUUAAAAACUGAGGAGAAAACAGGAUCGAAGGAACAUCUGCCAAACUAAUGUGUUCACAUCCAAACUCAGACCUGAGCAGCCUGAAUAAUAAUUUAAGUUCCAAAAACACUUGGAACAC